CACUCGCCGUCAUUCAACAGCUGGGACUGAAGAGAGGAGUGUCACUAAACAACAGCAACAAGAAACAGCAGCAGAGCGAGCUGACAGGAUGUCUGACACUUCUUGCACGUGUAACCUGGGAGACACUUGUAACUGCGGGGACAACUGUAAAUGCAAAGACUGCAAGUGUACAUCGUGCAAGAAGAGCUGCUGCGCAUGCUGUCCAGCCGGCUGCAGCAAAUGUGCUCAGGGUUGUGUGUGCAAAGGAGCCAGCGACAAAUGUAGCUGCUGUCAGUGAAAAUCUUCAACGUGGACUGUUUUAAUUUUAUGAUGUGAACGACUUGUUUUUAAUCCUUUUUGUGGGACUCAAUCAUAUGUAAAGGAGUAAUUGCUAAUACUUUUUUUUUACUUUGUUUUAUGUUGAAUGGCAUCUGCUUAAUAAAAUCUGUUUACAAAAUAA